AUGUCGCGCGGCGGUGUCGAAGGAUCAUCCAUCGAUCCUAUGGAAGGCUCAGAGUCGAACAACAGCAUGUGCGAUCUUCUCAGGGAGGCGUUCUCGGCCACUGUCGCCCGCGAUUACGAAAAAGCAGUUUCGGUCGUUCGGUGUGCGGUAGCGACGGAUUAUGCGUUCGGGGUGGAAGAUCUCGAGCUCAUGGAUCACGUCUACGCCUGUAUUCUCAACACAUCGCACUAUGACGAAAGCGUUAUUGAGGUUAGAUACUGUCAUUAUGAUCUCCCUGGAAGG